AGCAGAUUUAAAUCGCAGAUAUAGAGAGAGAAACAAACAAGACAAAAUAAACACAAGGAGAAAGAAAGAAAGGAAGAACCAAAAGUAUCUAUUUCUCUCUCUCUCUUCAUCUUCUUUUCCCUCGUACUCUCUAUUUCUCUCUCUAAAACCACCGUUUUCGAGGUCGCGAUUUUCUGGCUCUAUAUAUAUGGUGUGUAAUCCGUGUUUCGUUGUGCUUGCGUGCGAUUUGGAAUCUGGUGGUGGGAGCAGUUGAAUGUGAGUGAGAGAGAGGAGUUCGAUUUUCGGAUUCGCGGUUAGAUCGGGGAUGGCGGAGGUUUCCGGCGACGGCGCGGCGCUGUCGGUGUCGGGAUCAUUCAAGGAGGGGAGAGGCUCGGCGCGGCGCCGCGGAGGAGUGAGGCCGCCGAGCAUGGACGCGGACGAGUUCAUGAACCUGCUGCACGGUUCGGAUCCGGUGAAGGUGGAGCUCAAUCGCCUUGAGAAUGAAGUUCGAGAUAAGGACAGGGAGUUAUCGGAAGCGCAGGCGGAGAUCAAAGCCUUGAGGCUUUCUGAACGUCUCAGAGAAAAGGCCGUUGAAGAGCUGACGGAAGAACUAUCAAAGGUUGAAGGGAAGCUAAAACUAACAGAAUCUCUUUUAGAAAGCAAGAAUCUUGAAAUAAAAAAGAUCAAUGAUGAAAAGAAAGCAUCCAUGGCAGCUCAAUUUGCAGCUGAAGCCACUCUUCGAAGGGUCCAUGCUGCCCAGAAAGAUGAUGACAUGCCUCCAAUAGAAGCAAUUCUUGCUCCUUUGGAGGCUGAACUGAAGCUUGCUCGGCAAGAGAUUGCUAAACUACAAGAUGAUAACAAAGCUUUAGAUCGCCUUACCAAAUCUAAAGAAGCUGCACUAAUUGAAGCUGAGAGGACUGUCCAGUUUGCCUUGGCUAAAGCCUCAAUGGUGGAUGAUCUGCAGAAUAAAAAUCAAGAGCUAAUUAAACAGAUUGAGAUUUGUCAGGAAGAAAAUAAAAUUUUGGACAAAAUGCAUAGGCAGAAGGUGGCAGAGGUUGAAAAGCUCACCCAAACUGUUAGAGAACUAGAAGAGGCUGUCCUUGCCGGUGGUGCAGCUGCAAAUGCAGUGAGAGAUUAUCAGCGGAAAGUUCAAGAAAUGAAUGAAGAAAGAAAAACACUGGACAGGGAGUUGGCCCGUGCCAAGGUAACAGCAAACAGAGUAGCGGUAGUGGUUGCAAAUGAAUGGAAAGAUGCUAAUGAUAAAGUGAUGCCUGUCAAACAAUGGCUUGAAGAGCGACGAUUCUUGCAGGGAGAAAUGCAGCAACUUCGUGACAAGCUUGCUAUAGUUGAGCGUGCUGCAAAAUCUGAAGCACAGUUGAAAGAAAAAUAUCAUUUACGGCUUAAAGUGCUAGAGGAGAGUUUGAGAGGAAAUUCUAACAGCAGUAUUCGUGGCACCCCAGAGGGAAGAAGUGUGAGCAAUGGUCGUCGUCAAUCCCUAGGAGGAGCUGAUAACUUCUCAAAACUAUCCUCUAAUGGGUUUUUAUCUAAAAGAUCACCAUCCUCUCAUAUGAGGUCAUCCCUAUCCUCUAGCACAGUAUUGAAGCAUGCUAAAGGAACUUCUAAAUCUUUUGAUGGUGGUACAAGAUCACUGGAAAGGAGUAAAAUGCUGCUGAAUGGAACACCUCCAAUUUACUCAUUCAAUCAAUCUCUUGAAGAAACCAAAGAGAGAGAGCCAAGUGAUAAUUGGAAAGGAAAUUCAGAUGAUAAGCAAAAUGACUUCCCAACGGUAGAUUCAGUGGAUAGUGUUCCUAGUGUUUUAUAUGACCUGCUGCAAAAGGAAGUCAUAGCCUUGAGGAAAGCUGGUCAUGAGAAAGAUCAAAGCCUAAAAGAUAAAGACGAUGCUAUUGAGAUGUUAGGAAGGAAGGUAGAUACAUUGACCAAAGCAAUGGAAGUUGAGGCAAAGAAGAUGAGAAGGGAAGUGGCUGCUAUGGAGAAGGAGGUAGCUGCUAUGCGCGUAGAGAAAGAACAAGAGAACAGGGCAAAGCGUUUCAGCAAUGUAAAGGGUUCUGUAAACAGUGCUCAUCAACAGCUAAUUUCUGGAAGGAAUGUGACAAGGGGUGGAUUAACACGCAGCACCCAAUGACAAUUAGUGUAUUACAGUGGCGCUCGGGAGUAAUAUUUGAUAGGCAUCAUUAUUCUUCUGGCCUUCUCUGUUUUUUCCCUUGUGUUUUUGUCCAAUUGAUUGUAAGAUUGUAACUGGCAUGCAGAGGACCAGUGUUACUGAUAUUAGGCAUGGAUUGGGGACAAGAAAAACAAUUGCAGGAUUCGGUAUGCUUCUGACCUAGUGUUGUUUACUCUGCUUAGAGAGAGAGAGAGAGAGCGGCUAAGAAGGCAGGCAAUGGAAGGCAAUUAACUUGGACUAACCUUUCACUCUUUCAGCAUUUCUGAGUGGUGUGGUGUAUAGGUAGCUCUUUUCUCCCCCCUUUACUCCUUUUUGCAGUUUAUAUCUGUAAUACGCAGAUAGUGUGAUUGUCUUGGUUCAGGUUUGUUAAUAUAUAUACUAGCGGUUGAUCCGUGUGAUGCACGGAGUAUAUGUUUGCUUCUGAAAUUAUAUAUCUAAUCUUGUUACAAAAAUACCUUCAAAAUAAUUCUUAUAUACAUAUUCAUUUAUAA